AUCCCUUACUUUGGUUUCAUUGAAGAAAUUUGGGAGCUUAACUAUGUCAAAUUCACUGUCUGUGUUUUCAAAUGUAAGUGGGUUGACAGUAAUACCGGUGUGCGGACCGAUGAUGUGGGAUUUACGUUGGUGGAUCUUAACAAACUCGCAUACCAGAAUGAUCCUUUCAUUAUGGCAGAACAAGCGAAACAAGUAUUUUAUGUCGAAGACCCUUGUGAUCAAAGGUGGUCAGUGGUUUUACAUGGAAAAACAAUAGGUGUCAAUGUUGAAGAUGAUUAUUCAUACAUUGAUACUUAUGUUAGUCCUUUGUCCACACAAUUGUCACCUAAUGUCAUCGGAGAAGAAACUGACGAUGUUCAUGCUAAUCGUAAUGAUCACGAUGAAGGAGAAUUAAUUAACAUCGUCUAAUCCAAAUGGCUACACAGUCAAACUCUCCUCCGCCUCCUCCUCCUUCUACUGGUGUAACAUCGCAUUCGUCGUCACCACCAUUGAAGCGGACUAGAAAGGCCUCACGCCUAAGAUUAUUGGCGACUAGACCAGUUGGGGCAGAGAGACCCCUUGUCCAUGUGGAUCCUGUUACUGGCAAAGCAGACGGUCCCCACAGCAAGAAAUUUAGAACAUAUUUAGGGAUCGUUGCUCGUGAUAAGGUGGAUGUCACAUACGAAAAUUGGAAGCAUGUCCCUAUUACUCAGAAGGAUUUGAUAUGGGAGGAUAUUCAGGCUGAAUUUGAUAUCCCUGAAGCAUCUGAUUUAAGGACAAAAAAGAAAAUACUUCAGACUGUGGGGGAGCGGUGGAGACAGUUUAAGUCUGAUUUGACGUCGAAAUGGGCACUUGCAGCUGACAAGGAUAGUGUUGAUGACACUGUAUGCAAAAUGUACGGCAUUAGCAAGGAGAAAUGGACCCAAUUUUGCCAGAGCCGUAGAGACCCUUCAUGGGAGAAUGUUCGAAAAAAAGCACAAGCUGUCCAAAAACAAAACACUGCCCCUCACGUGAUGUCUCGUGGGGGUUAUGAAUAUUUAGAAAAAAAGUUGAUGGAUGAGAAGAGAAAGAAAAAACUAGAGGAAGCAACUCAAUCCGGAAGCACUGACACCGUCAUUGAUCCUCCAUCUCCCAUCAAACGACACGUGAAGUGGAAGCUAGCCCGCACCAAGAAAACUGGUGACAUGACAUCUGAAGCAGCAAAGGAAAUUGCUGACAAGAUUGUAAGUCACUUUCAAUUCAUAAUUGUAAUUAUUUUUUUUAUUGUGUGAUUAAGUAUAGAAUAA